CAAGCGUCCAUGCUCAUCAAUUCACCAACAAAUCAAUUCUGCUCUCUGACUUCUUCUCUUACAUCUGUGGAUUUGGAUUAGGAUCGAUUUGUCUCAAGUUAGUCGAAAAACAUGCCGUCUACAGAUUCCAAACGGGAGAAAGCCCGAGAGGUGGUCGACAUCCUCGAAGAGAUAUCUGUACUACUGAACACUGAGUUGGAUCGAACUCAGCUGUCUCUUUGUGUUUCGCUGAUUGAGAACGGUGUAAAUCCGGAGGCCCUAGCUACCGCUAUCAAAGAAUUGAGGCGAGAAACACAAGACUUACAGCCAGAAACUGCAAUGUCGGAAUGAUUGUCUUCGCCAUGAGAAGUAUUACUCUUGGAUGAUGGAGUGUGUCACAUCUCGAUUGAACCCUUCGAUCCUCGACAUCUGCCGGCGAAACACAGGACAUUGGCAACCACAAACAUGCGCAACAUGCCGCCUUUCCGUCUGAAGGCACUCUAGGCCUACGAGGUACUUCUUGGUAUGCGUCGCUCCGUACGAGCAGGUAGUGUGUAGACUGUCUUGGUAUUCGUACCAAAGAACCACACAAUGCGGAAGCCGGGGUGUCGGGGGAUUGUGAACUGAUCCCAUGCCAUACAGAGACUGAGCCACCCAGCCAACGCCGUAGACUACGCGUGACUACGGUAGAAUGGAAUGGCACGAAUGGGCACUAAUGGCUUGCAAGCGACGACAAAACCCAACAAUGUGGAUGACGUAUGCCACCUGUUUGAGGGGACGAUCAGAAUGUGGCUGAGAUGUCUCGAUGGGCCUGCCACCCACCUGCAAGGGCUUGGGGAACCUGGAAAGAGCCGCCCAAAUUGACGCUAAAAGCCGCCUAGGUUGCCAGAUCGACCGCAGACCGCUAGGCAUCCCGGGCGGGAGCCUUGCUCACUGGGUGACACGACAACCAGCCAUUUGUGGAGUUACAGGGAGCAUUUGUCGCUAAGCUGAGGCCGGCGCGUCAUGGUCAACCACACAUGGAUUGCAAACGCUCUGGUCAUGGCAGGUUUUGAAGCAAUCCAAACAUGGCGAAAGAUCUGAAGACUCGCCCUUACAUAAAAUCCUGCCAUGUCUAUCCUCAGUACUCCUGACCUCCAUUUGUACUUGCGGACGACCUUCAAGCAGAAUUGCUUGCGGUUCAAUAACAUACCUUCUUGUGCGCUGCUGCAUUCCUUCUGGCAAG